AUGUAAGGAUCAGAUUUUACAAAGCUAAGAAGCUAAAUUAAUUACUCAGGGUAGGAAAGGAAAAUAAGAGAUUUACCUGAAUAUUCUAAAAUAAGAUAAAAUUUAGAAGAAGAAACUUAUGUUUUAAAAUAUAAAGAUGACAUUUUAGAUGUUAAUUUAACAUCUUAUUUUGGGAAAUCAAAGCCUAGAUAAAUUAAAGAACCAGUACUAUAUAUUAUCAUGAUUUAGGUUUUCAUAAUUGAUUGUAAAGAUGAAAUAUUUGAUUUAUAUGAUAUUUUUUUAUAUCAUGAAGGUGCAAGUUGUUAAAAAUGCUAAAAGAAGGCCACUAAAUAAAAUAUCAAAAAAGAAAAAUUUUAUGCUCAAAUUAUUAAGCAUAUGAGUGAAAAAAGCUUUAGUUGUUCAAUUAUAGCAAAACAUUAUUUUCAUUCAUUUCAAAAAUAAAUUUAAUAAAAAGCUAGAGAAUUACUUGUAAUCCCUGAAUAUGAAAAUUUAUUAUAAACAGUUAUAGAUAAAUCUAAAUCUAAAAAUGAUAAAUUAAAGGACAACUUUUUAUAAUUAAUUGAUCAAUAAUAAUAGGAACAUAAUUAAUUUAACUAAAUUAAUAUUAAUAGAAUUUUAGAAUUUCAUUUUUAAUGUCUUAUUAAUCGUUAAAAAAUUAUCAUACCUAUUUAUUUAGAACAAUGUAAACAUUUGGAAUGUUAUGAAUUCACAAAUUUAUUACGAUUAAUUCAUGAUAACUCAAUUUUGCCAAAAAAGUUUUAGAAACAAUAUGUUAAAUGUUGUUAUUAAGAUUGUAAAACUUAAAUUUCUCUUGAUAUAAAUUAAUUGAAACAAUAAUUAGUAUUUCCUUUUGAACUAGCUCAUGCAAUUUCAAAAGACUAUCCUUUUUCUCUUAAAUUAAUAUGGGAUUUUAGAAAAAAUGGAUUUGAAAAUUAGAAAGUUAAAGUAUUUGAUUAUUUCAAAAAAGCAUCCUCAAACGCAAGUCUAAAAAAUUAUUUAUCAUAAUAAAAUAUUAACGAUUAUGAAUUUCUAAUUUUAAUAAAAAGUAUAAUUAAUAAAGAACUAAAUAACGAUUUAUUAAAUAGAUUAAACUAUUCUAAAUAUAAAGUCAAUUUAAUUGAAAUUCAAUUCCCUUGUAGAUGUUAUAAAUGUGAAUUAUAAAAUGUUAAAGAUAUUUAAGUAUUUGUUUUAUAUUAUUUAACUGGAUAAAAUAAAGAUUAUCAAUGUCCAGCUUGUAAUUAUAUACAUUACAAUUGUUAAUCAUUAGAAAAAAUUAUUUAUUUUGAUAGAUAUCUUUAUGAAGCUUAAGCAAAAAUAUAAGAUUACUAACAAUUUGAAUACAAUUAAUAGGACACUAAACUUUUUAAAUUUUUUAUAUAACAUCAAUAAAUAGAGUUUAAAUAAAUUAAAAGAUACUAUUAAUAAAAUAAUAUUUAUCCAUAUGAAUAAAAAUCAUGCUUAAUAAAGAAAAAAAAAAUUAAACAACCAUUAACAUUGAUUUUUUGCUAAACUAAAAGAACUGUAGAGUUUAAAACAUUGAAAAAAUUUUUAGAAAGAAAUAAUUUUAGUUUUGUUAAUUUUCCUAAAUGUGAAUGUGAGUUUUGUAGUAUUAAAGAGUUAAAUAUUAGAGAUUUUUAUUAUGAUCCUUUAUAUGAAUAACUUUUAUCUCUUGACUUAGAUUCUAAUUCAGAAGAAUAUGUAAAAAAUUAACUGAUCGAAGAAUAUUUGAAGUGUUAAAUAGAUGAAAUUCCUCAAAUGUAAAAAUUGAAAAGAUAAUACGAUAUCCUGUAAUAAGAAUUAUCAAAAUUCUAAAAACAAUAAUAAUAAUAAUAAUAAUAAUAAUUAUUAUUAUAAUAAUAAUAAUAAUAAUAAUUCUUAUUAUAAUAAUAAUAAUAAUAAUAAUAGCAACAAAAUUAAUAAUACUUGAAAUAACAAUAAUAGUAAUAAUACUAAUAAUUGAAUAAUUCAUAUAUUAUUUAUUAGAAUUAAUAAAAUCAAUAAAAUUAAUAAAAUUAAUUUUUUGAAAAUAAUAAUCAAUAAUAAUAACAAUAAUAACAGAAUUUUCAAUAUUAAAAUCCACUUUAAUAUUAACAAUAAAAUAACAAUUAAUAUUAAUAACGACAACCAUAAUAUUAAAAUCGAAGAAUUUAAAUUCAUAAUGAUGAUUAACAAGUAUAGUAAUAAAAUUUUUUUACUCAAAAUAAUUAAUAAGAAUUUAAUAAUCAAAAUUAACCAGAGCAGACUUAAUAACCUUAAGUCUUUUAUUUUCAAAAUGGUCUAUUAAUACCAAAAUAAUUGUAUGAUUAAAAUAAUUAAUGA